CUGCUUAAGACGUCACACGCCACGCACAGAGGCGCUUGCUGUAUCGCUGCAGUUUUAGAAAGGAUCCGGGAGCGUCCCCAAAAUGAGCAGUUCAGAAGAAGUUUCGUGGAUUUCUUGGUUUUGUGGUCUGCGUGGGAAUGAGUUCUUCUGUGAGGUGGAUGAGGAUUAUAUCCAGGAUAAAUUCAAUCUCACUGGACUGAACGAGCAGGUUCCUCAUUACAGACAAGCCCUGGACAUGAUCUUGGAUCUGGAACCGGAUGAGGAGCUGGAAGACAACCCGAAUCAGAGCGACCUGAUCGAGCAGGCGGCUGAGAUGCUGUACGGCCUGAUUCACGCGCGCUACAUCCUCACCAACCGUGGCAUUGCUCAGAUGCUGGAGAAAUAUCAGCAGGGGGACUUUGGCUAUUGCCCUCGAGUUUACUGUGAGAACCAGCCCAUGCUGCCGAUUGGGCUGUCUGAUAUCCCAGGCGAGGCCAUGGUCAAGCUCUACUGUCCUAAGUGUAUGGACGUGUACACACCGAAGUCAUCCCGGCACCACCACACCGACGGAGCUUAUUUUGGGACCGGGUUCCCCCACAUGCUCUUCAUGGUGCAUCCUGAGUACCGGCCAAAGAGGCCCGCCAAUCAGUUUGUGCCCAGGCUCUACGGUUUCAAGAUCCACCCAAUGGCGUACCAGCUGCAGCUGCAGGCAGCCUCCAGCUUCAAGAGCCCCGUCAAGGCCAUCCGUUAGAUCACGGAAAGAAGGGAAGGGAGGGCUGGAGAGCCGAGGGAGAGCAUCUUGUUGUCUGUCUUUACAUCUCCUCGCUCUUCACCAAGAGAACGCUUUGUUUUAUUCUAGGUUUGUUUAAGAGAAAGUGAUUCAGUAUGGAAAGAGUAAGGAAUUUAGCCUUCACACACACACACACACACACACACACACACACGCACACACAUACACGGAGCAUGGGGAUGCCAUGCCAUCAUUGGUGUUUUCCUUGUAUAAAAAAAAAAUACAAACGUCCCUACUUUAAAAGUUAACGUAUCAACAGAAGUUAUUAUAUAAAUGGUAAUGAUAAAUUGCGAGUGUGCACUCAUCCAGGUCGGAGUUCCUAACCUUCCUAAGUUCCUCAUGCACGCGUUUCCUCUUCACACCCCUUUCUAACACCGGCAGAGACUGUUGGGAAGGAGAAAUCAGGAAUAGGCACGAUUAGUAUUAGUCUUUUUUUCUUCUUCUUUUUUUUUUUUGGACACUACUGAGUUUAAAAUAUCUCAAACUAAAAUAUAAAAACGUUCAUCUGUGCUGCUUUUUCCGUACCUGAAAGCCCAACCGUCUCUGCCGGUGUCAGUCUCGGGCGAGCAUGGGGGGCGUUACCCUCAGAUGUCCGUGCUUAUCUCCCGCCGGUGUUCCUCCUGUCAUUUAUUUAUUCAAACGUCCACAUUUUUUUGGAAAUGUGUUUUAGUUUCCCUUCCUGUUCUUAACUGUGCAUCUUGGGGUUUCAUAGAUCGGCAUGUGACUGCAGGAUAAAGAUUAACUGAAUGCAUUGAUGAAGAUUAUAAUUAUUGUUACUCUUAGUGGUUUGUGUGUUUUUUGUUGUUUUUUUUUUAUCUUUUUUUUUCAUCCCUUUUGAGCUGUUGAGGAACCAGGGUUCAGAAUUCAAAAUAAACUUUUUUUUUUCCUA